AAAACAUUUUUUUAUACAUUCAAAAUGUGUGUGUCGACGACCUUUUGGUUAUAUUGCAAGGGUUUGGUGAGUGAAGAGGUGAUAAGGGAUGAGAGUAAGCAGAUCGGUGGUUUUGGUGUGGCCAUAUGUGAUCACGAGGAUAAUCGACUAUAUGAGAUGAACAAAGUUCUGGGAGGUGAAGAGUCCACACACCAGCAAGCUGCUGAAUUGGCUGCCUUAAUUCAUGCUUUGAAUUGGGCGUUGGAGCUUGAUUUGGGAAGGGUCACAUUCUUCUGUGAUGAUUCCAAUAUCUUAGAAUACGUGACAGGUAAAGCUGAACCAAACGAGUCCACUGUAGCAACACUUGUGAAGGAAGUUUCUCUUCUUCAGAGCAAAUUCUCGUUUUGCGAAGCACUUCCUGUGAUGAAGGACAUCACUUUUGUCCUUAAGCUUGCAAAAGAUGCUAUAGCUUCCCAAAUCAGGUGGCGUGAAGGUGACGUCUACAUGGAGACUUGUCCAGUAUGCUAUGAACACGUUACAUCUGACGAGAAGUUUGAGGUACCCGGUUGUUUCCACCGCUUCUGCUUUGAUUGCAUUAAGAAACAAGCCGACGUGGCACUAGAAUUUGCGAAACCAGUAGUAAACUGCCCAAGCUUCGGUUGCAACUCAGAACUACAGAGAGAGGAUUGUGAAGGUGUUUUGAAACCUAAGCAGCUUGAUCGUAUGACCAUGUACAAGAAGGCGAGCAUGAUCAAAGCCAAAGUUUUAGACUUUGUAUGUUGUACCACAUGUGACAAUGUAAUGGCAAAGCCCGACCUCAUUGAAUACACAAAAACGUUCUUCGUUGAUGCUGAGCUGUCAGGAGUCAGAAAGUGCACGGAGUGUGGGUAUUGUUUCUGCGGAGAAUGCAGAGCAGGAUGGCACUCUGGCAUGACAUGUGAGGAAUACUUUAAAAGAGAGAGUAAUGAGCCAUCUCCUGAGGAUGUGGAACGUUAGGAAGCUUCGGUUAAGAGUCUUAGAUGGAUGCAAUGCAGAAAUUGCAAGUCGAGGAAGGUAUUUGAUGGAGGUUGCAACCAUAUAACCUGCAGUUGCAAAUUCGAGUUCUGUUGCUCUUGUGGAGCUGAGUGGAACAAGGAAGCCAACUGUAACUGCCCGAGUUGGGAGUUAGAGGACCAGCGAGGCAGUGAUGGGUUUUUGUGUUGAGUGGGGUUUAAUUGAUGCAAACACUUUCUCAUUUGAAUUGUCACAAACACUGACAUCACUUUUGUAUAUGCAAAUUUAAACCCACACAUAUUAACAACACCAAGC